AUGGGGGCUGUGCACGAGCCCUUCAUCUUCCCCGCAGACACCACUGGUGCUUGCUCGGCCUCGUGGGUGAUGCGGGGGGCACGGGGGACAGUCCUGUGUCCCCACCUUCUUGGGCUGCAGACAGGCCACGUUGGUCCUGUGGUGACUGGGGGCUCCCAGGAGAACCCCACCGCAGAACCGGAGAGGUGGCCCCAGAGAAGAGACCUGGCCCGGGGCCUGUGGGGAGGGCGUGGCCCACGGUCCCCAGCGCUGGCCGUCUCUGGGUUCCAGAACUGCGCGAUCCUCGGGGAGCUGGUGAGGCUGCAGGCUCAGAAGUCCCGCCUGCUGGGGUUCAGCACGCGUGCCGACUCCGUGCUGGAGAUGAACAUGGCCAAGACCAGCCAGCUGGUGGCCACUUUCGUAGAUGAGCUGGCCCAGAAGCUGAAGCCCCUCGGGAAGCAGGAGCCCGUGAUCCUGGAGCUAAAGAAGGCUGAGUGCCAGAGGCGGGGCCUGCACUUUGACGGGCCCAUCAACGUCUAGGACCUGCGCUACUACAUGAACCAGGGGGAGGAGACGCGCUACCACGUGGACCAGCACCUGCUCAAUGAGUCCUUCCCCAUGCAGGUGGUCACGCGCGGGCGGCUGGGCAUCUCCCAGGAGCUGCUGGGGCUGACAUUCGACCUGGAGGAAGGCGCCAACAUGUGUCACGAAGAUGAAGAUGUGAGGCACUACACGGUCCGGGAUGCGGCCUCGGGCAAGGUCAUCCAUCCAGGAUGCCAUCCAGGUGGCAAGUUCCACCUGGACCUCUACCCUCGGGAAGGGAAGUCCGGGCACAUGGCCUGCUUUGGCCUGCAGCUGGGCUGCCUGCAGCAGGAUGGGAGGCGCCAGAUCGCCAUCGCGGCCAUGGUGGCCAACUUCACCAAGCCUACGCCCAACCCGCCCUCCCUGUUGCAGCAUGAUGAGCUGGAGACCUACUUCCAUGAGUUCUGGCAAGCGAUGCACCAGCUCCGCUCCCAGGAGGGUGCGGGCGAGGGGCUGCAGCCGGUGAUGAGAACCAGAGGGGAGGCUCUGGGGCCGGGAGCGCCGCGUCCUGUGAGGCCCUGGCGCUGCUGCCAGUCUCGGCGGGGCACGGGCAGCGCCGUCCCCCAGGGGCUGCUGGACAAGCUUAUCAAGUCCCGGCUGGCCAACCCCAGCCUCUUCAACCUGCGCCAGAUGGUCCUGGCCGAGGUGGACCAGGCCCUGCACACGCAGACGCCCUCGGACCCGGCCCAGGACAAUGCCCGCCUCUGCCAGGAAAUCCUCGGGGUCCCAGCCACGCCAGGGACCCACCUGCCUGCGACCUUCGGCCGCCUGGCAGGAAGAUACAACGCCCAGUCCUAUGGCUACCUCUGUAGCGAGGUGUACUCUGCGGACACGUUCCACACACGCUUCAAGCAGGAGGGCGUCCUGAGUGGCAAGGUUGCCAUGGACUACAGAAGCUGCAUUCUGAGGCCAGGUGGCUCCAAGGAUGCCAAGGGCAUGGUGAAGCUCUUCCUGGCUUGGGACCCCACGCAGGAUGCCUUCCUCCUGAGCAAAGGGCUGCAGCUUGAGGGCUGCAAGUUCUGCCCACCCAGGCGGGCCCGGUGCCUUAGUGCCCCGCCGGGGCGGGGGAGGGGCCGCGUGUCCUCCCAGCCCCUGAGGCCCUGGCGGCCGGCCUCGGCCAAAAGUCUCCACCUGGACGUGUCUGGAGAGCCUGGCGUCAAGGCUCCCCCUUGUUGCACUAAUGCCAUCCCUUCCUGGGGAGCUUUCCUGCUUCCAAAGCGGUUCUUUGAAAACGCAGCCAUUAAUAAAAAGACUCCACUCCUGGUCUCUGCCUGCGGUCCCUUCCACCACAGGAGCGGCAUGGGGGCCGUCACACUGGGGGGAGUUCUGACCUUGGUCGGGGAUCAGCCCUGCGGCCGUUGCAGGCUGCUCUCCGCUGGUGUAGCGUCUGGGUCACUGGGAGAUGGCUGA